GCGGAGUUGCCAUGGCGGCGCUGAGCGGCCUGGCGUCGGCGCUGGAGUCGUACAGGGGCCGGGACCGCCUGAUCCGAACGCUGGGCUACUGCUGCCAGCUGGUUGGCGGGGUCCUGGUGGAACAGUGUCCAGCCCGGUCAGAAGUGGGGACGCGCCUGCUCACACUGUCCUCCCAGCUCAGCCACUGCAGGACUGUCCUGCGACUCUUUGACGACGUGGCCAUGUUUAUCUACACGAAGCAGUAUGGCCUGGGGCCAGAGGAGGAGGACAGCUUUGUCCGCUGCGUCUCCGUCCUGGGCAACGUGGCCGACCAGCUCUACUACCCCUGUGAGCACAUCGCCUGGGCUGCUGAUGCCAACAUCCUCUGCGUGGACUCCGCCCGGUGGUGGACGCUGAGCACAGCCUUCUGGUGCCUGUCCCUGCUGCUGGGCAUUGCCAGGUCCCUGUGGCUGGUCCUGACGCUGAGACGGAGGCUGAGGAGCCCUGUGGUGGCCUUCACCAGCCGGCUGCCCCGAAGCAAGCGGAGGGCCAUGGAGGCCCAGGUCCGGUCAGAGGUGCUGGCUGUCCUGAGCAACCUGGCCGAUCUGGCCAACGCCGUGCACUGGCUGCCUCGGGGCAUCCUGUGGGCCGGCCGCUUCCCCCCGUGGCUCGUGGGCCUCCUGGGCACCGUGUCCUCCCUCCUCAGCGUGUACCAGGCGGUCCAGGCCCGCGGCAGGGAGGCCGCCACCACCCCCUGAUGCGGCCCGGGCGGGGUGUGGGUGCGGCCGGAGCCCCGCCAGAGGGCCCCUUCCCACCAAGCAGCAGCCACUCGGGUGGGGGGCAGGGUCUGGAGCGGAGGGAAAUCUGCCGGGUGUGGGGAUGCGUAACCCAGAGAACGCUCGGGGCAGCCCUGGGCGCAGGCCCGGGGUGGGUCCCCUGGGUGCUGAGGGCCAGGCCUUCCCAACUCGGUUGGGGCUCGGAGGGGGGCUUCUCUCAGGGCCAGAGUAGGGGUCCCCAGGCCUCAGGUGCGGAGAAGGUGCUGCGGGCCUCAGCAGCUCCCUGCCUGCCCGCGUCUGCCUCAGGCGAGCCCGAGCCAGGACGGCGUGCGCCAAGCGGGCCUUAGGAAAGUUGACUUGGUGACCGAUUAAACAGGGUGCUGGUGCCGGA